UUAGUAGACGCCGGAUAAACUUCCAGCCUUCGCAGUGGGUUGCGAGAUGCUUGUAGGGUAGGUUUGACUUACGUGACAGACUUUUAUCUGUGACCAGUGUCCGCCGCCGCGGAUGGCAAGGGACCUCAUCGGACCGGCGCUGCCGCCUGGCUUCAAGGCGCGGGGGACAGCAGAAGACGAGGAGCGGGACCCCAGCCCGGGUAAGCGGCGGCAUGUCCCCUGGUUGCAGUUAUACUAUUGUGUUUUCAGGAAGCAGAGAAGAAACCAAGAUGAUGAUGAUGAUGGGUUUUUUGGACCAGCCCUGCCUCCUGGAUUUAAAAAGCAGGAUGAUUCUCCUCCAAGGCCUCUAAUAGGUCCUGCAUUGCCUCCUGGUUUCAUUAAAUCCACACAGAAAAGUGACAAGGGCAGAGAUGAUCCAGGACAACAGGACACAGAUAGCAGUGAAGAUGAGGACAUCAUUGGACCAAUGCCGGCAAAAGGACCGGUUAACUAUUGUGUAACAACAGAGUUUGAAAAAAGGGCCCAGAGAAUGAAAGAAAAACUGACUAAAGGAAAUGAUGAUUCAUCUAAACCAAUUAUAAGAGAGUCGUGGAUGACAGAGCUUCCUCCAGAAAUGAAAGACUUUGGUCUUGGGCCAAGAACUUUUAAGAGAAGAGCCGAUGACAAAUCUGGAGAUCGGUCAAUCUGGACAGAUACUCCAGCUGACAGGGAAAGGAAAGCUAAGGAAGCACAAGAAGCAAGGAAGUCAUUUAAUAAGAAGGAUGAAGAACAUAUAUUAUCAGGAAGAGAUAAGAGAUUGGCUGAGCAAGUAUCCUCAUAUAAUGAAUCAAAAAGAUCAGAAUCUCUUAUGGACAUUCAUCAUAAAAAAUUAAAGAGCAAGGCUGCUGAAGAUAAAAAUAAGCCUCAAGAAAGAAUACCAUUUGACCGUGAUAAGGAUCUCAAGGUGAAUCGGUUUGAUGAAGCUCAGAAAAAGGCCCUAAUAAAGAAAUCUAGAGAACUAAACACCAGAUUUUCACAUGGCAAAAGCAAUAUGUUUUUAUAAGGGGAUUUCCCUGUGCAAUGAAGAAAAGUUGUUGAAGAAUACUCUUUUGUCUGUCUGUCCACCUUUAUUCCUUUCAUUUGGGCUUCCUAGGAUUAGAGAUUAAUCUUAAAAAUCGUACAAACUUACCUUGCUUUGUGUGUCCUUGAAGUCAUGUGGAAAUACAAAAUUGAUGUUCUGUUAUGUAGAAUAGAAUAUUUUUGUGUGCCUAUGGCUUAUGAGGAAGUAUGGUCUUUCCUUAAAAUAAUUAUUUUGAGGGUCCCUCUGAUUUUUGUGGAGUCUCACAAGUACCCUCUAAGAUCCACUGACUACCGCUGCCUGGACCUCCUUGUCAAAUAUGCUUAACCUGCCCCAGAGUCAGUGUGUCAAGUCUUAGCAGUAGAUCCACAAAUUUGAAAUUGGUUGUUUUUUCUUUCCAAAUUGCAGGCAGUGAAUACAAAUUUACUUGAAAAUAGAGGGUAUAGGGUUUUGUCUGUUAUUAGUCUGCUUGUUUUAGCACUCAGGGCUUUAUGUUUGUUUAGAUUAUUUAGUUUUUUGGUUUUGUUUUGUUUUUUAAGUCAGAGAGCUUAACUCUGGGUUGUCUCAUAUGCUAAGGAAAAGCUUUUGAUUUUUCCCACUUUAUAUAAGAAGUAUUUCCAGGAGAAACAAUGUGUGGGACAAGAUAUACCAUUAACUGUGAGCAGUAUGAAAUCUUUAAAACUCCCAUCUCUGUGAUCUCAACCAAAGCUUUCUGAGUCCCAGAACUUUGCUUUGGGAUGGUCUUACUUUACCUACUUACAAUACUGUACUUAGUAGUUUGUAGCUAAUUUAUUGGAGUCAGAUCUUUUAUAUCAAUCAUGAACAGCCUUUUAUAAAAAAAAUCAAACUAAUAAAUCCUUGAAUACAAAAACACACCUAGGAAAUCU